AUGAGUCUGUGGACUAACGCCUCCUCCGCGGAGCCGGCCCCCGGGACGCUGGCCCCCGGGACGCCGGCCCCUCCGCCGGGCUCCAGCCUGCCCUCGACCCGCAGCCCCGGCUCCGAGCUGGACCUGGGCCGGGCGGUGCCGGUGGGCGUCCUGCUCGCCUCCUUCAUCCUCUUCGCCAUCGUCGGGAACGUGCUCGUCAUCCUGGCGGUGGUUUGUAACCGACACCUGCGGAUCCCCACCAACUACUUCAUCAUCAACCUGGCCAUCGCGGACCUGCUGCUGGGAACCACCGUGCUGCCGGUGUCCGCCACGCUGGAGGUUUUAGAUUCCUGGGUGUUUGGUCGGAUCUUCUGUGACAUCUGGGCGGCGGUGGACGUGCUAUGCUGCACGGCGUCCAUCAUGUCCCUGUGCGCCAUCUCCAUCGAUCGCUACAUCGGCGUUCGAUACCCGCUGCAGUACCCGAUGAUCGUCACAGAGAAGCGGGCGCUGCUCGCCAUGCUGGGCGUGUGGGUCCUCUCCAUCGUCAUCUCCAUCGGGCCGCUGCUGGGCUGGAAGCAGCCGCCGUCACAGGAUGACUCCAAGUGUCAGAUCACUGAGGAGCCGUUCUACACCCUCUUCUCCUCGCUCGGCUCCUUCUACAUCCCCCUGGCUGUCAUCCUCGCCAUGUACUGCCGCGUCUACAUCGUGGCCAAGCGCACCACCAAGAACCUGGAGGCCGGCGUGAUGAAGGAGCGCCAGGACUCCAACGAGCUCACGCUGAGGAUCCACUGCAGGAACCAGCAGAACCACGAGCUCUGCCCCGGCGCCUCGGCCGGGCGCAGCUCGCUGUCCGUCAAACUGCUCAAGUUCUCCAGAGAGAAGAAAGCAGCCAAGACGCUGGGCGUGGUGGUCGGCAUGUUCAUCCUCUGCUGGCUGCCCUUCUUCCUCGUCCUGCCCAUCGGCUCGUUCAACAGCAGCCUGCGUCCUUCUGAAACCUUCUUUAAAGUUAUUUUCUGGUUGGGAUACUUCAACAGCUGUUUGAACCCGAUCAUCUACCCCUGCUACAGCCGUGAGUUCAAACAGGCCUUCAUCCGGAUCCUCCGCUGCCACUGGAAGAGGAAGCGUCAGGGCUGGCAGGCGUACUACAACUACCGCAGCAAUCAGGGCUCCAACACCUCGUCCUUCCUGAACGGCAGCCAGCAGACGCUGUCCUCCGUCAGCCGCAGUCCUCGCUGCGUCGCCUCCAGGCUCCGCCCACCGCGCUGGCCCUCCUCCCCCAGCCGAGACCGCCUCCCCGGGUCGGCGGGCGCAGGACGGGCCUGUGUCCCCGGCCAUGUGUCCCCGCUUGCUAAGGAUGCUGGGAGGGCAGGGCGGAGGACCAACCUGUGA